AUGGCGCGAAAAUAUACACGAAUGACGAGUUACAAAAUAAUCUGUAUGAUCGUCGUACCGACGUUAUAUUUACUUUUCGUAAAUACGUUGGCCACAUUUCUUCCAAAGGUUAUGGAAAGUACGAAUAAUCCUAUGGAUAUGCGGUUUCGCAAACUCUUGCAGUUAAACUCGAGUGCCAUGGGACCAGGAGGAGGAAUAGAGGACACCAAAAAUUGUACUUCACCAGCGAUCAAAGAGUUUCCGUCCGAUGGCCUCACGCGACCACAAAGACAAUCGGGAUUUAUAAUUGUACAUUUUUUAAUAGCGAUUUACAUGUUCCUAUUGCUAGCUAUCGUUUGCGACGAUUUCUUUGUUCCGUCGAUAAAAAAAAUUUGCUAUAAGAUCAAUGUAACGGAGGAUGUCGCAGGCGCAACGAUAAUGGCCGCAGCCAGUUCCAGUCCGGAAUUGUUCAUUAAUAUCGUAGGUACUUUCGUCACGGAAGGAGAUUUAGGUGUUGGUACAAUUGUUGGUUCUGCUGUUUUCAACAUAUUAGCCGUACCUGCCUGCUGCGGCUUAUUCGCAAAUCAAGUACUGAAUUUGGAAUGGUGGCCUGUUACACGAGAUUCUAUUGCAUACGCAAUUACAGUUGCUCUAUUAAUUUUGACGCUGCGUGACGGACGCAUCGAGUGGUACGAAGCAUUGAUUCUCAUACUCGUCUACAUUCUUUACAUCUCUGCAAUGUGUUUCAAUCGUCGUAUCAACGACUUUCUUCAGCGCUCAACAACGACCAGAAGAAAGUAUAAGAAUCUUACAGAAGAAAGUCCCUUGAUUCCUAAUGAUACAAUUAAAACCGCGGAUAUAGGUCUGUUGGAGUCGGGAGAAAUGGACGAAUCCCUCGAUAUCGUAAAUAUGCAAAGUUGGCCAAUCUCAGCAUGCGAAAAAAUGUGGUGGGUGAUUACAUGGCCGAUUAAUUUCGUACUUCUCAUUACAAUUCCCGAUUGUAGAAGACAUACAUUGAAAUCUUGGUACCCACUCACCUUUACCAUGUGCAUAGUAUGGAUUGCAACUACUUCCUAUAUAGUAGGAUGGGUUAUCACAAUCAUCGGCGAUACAUUUAGGAUCCCUGACUCUAUAAUGGGAUUGACCUUUCUUGCGGCAGGAAUGAGCGUGCCAGAAGCUGUGUCAAGUGUUAUAGUUGCGAAUCAAGGACACGGAGCCAUGGGCAUAAGUAAUUCGAUCGGUUCGAACGUGUUCGACGUAUUACUCUGCCUCGGAUUACCUUGGUUUUUAAAGGCGGCAUUUUUUCCGAAAGUGCCUCACGAACAUUAUAUAAAGAUUAAUUCGCAGGGAUUAAUUUACAGUUCAAUAUCAUUGUUUUCUACUCUCACAAUCCUUUACUUAUCCCUCGUCAUUGCCAAAUUUAAAUUAACGCGAACCGUUGGGAUCGCUUGUCUCAUAACAUACGCCAUUUUCUUGAUGUUUGCUUCUAUCCUUGAGCUUAAUACGUUCUUUGUAGUUAAUUUACCAAUGUGUGUUGACUGA